CAAGUCACAACAACACCUGUGGCUUUUUGGUGUUUUGCGAAAUUCUAAAAACGUGAAUCACAAGAAAAAUAACCAAAAAAUAAAAAAGGAGACUCGUACACGGUACACCCUUAUUUUCAGUUUUUGUCUUCUUUUUUAUAUUUGUCAAGAUUCCAUACUUAAAGGUGAUAUGAGUUCAUUUUCCAUUUUAAUAACAUUUCAGAUUCAAGAAUUUAGCAUGGCAAGGGUCUUUUGUUCUAUCAAUGGUUCAGCAAACCUCCCCACUUCAGUUAGGUGUUCAUAUUCAUCAUGUUACAAGCCAAUGGUAGUUAAAAUGGGCCAUGAUCAAUCCUACCGGGCCUCCAUCGAAUCUGAAAUUGAAGCCCAUCUUAAGAAGGUCAUAUCAAUUAGGCCACCUCAAUCUGUCUUCGAGCCCAUGCAUUACUUGACGUUUACAACAACACCCAAAUCCACAGCAUCAGCCUUAUGCGUUGCGGCGUGCGAGCUGGUAGGUGGCGAAAGGGUCCAAGCCAUGGCUGCAGCAUCAGCAAUACAUCUCAUGCAUGUUGCUACUUACACCCACCAACACAUGCACAGUUCCGGGCCCAAGCCCGCAAUCGACCACAAGUUCGGCCCGAAUAUCGAGCUUCUCACGGGAGAUGGUAUCAUGGCCUUUGCUAUUGAACUACUAGCCAAAGCCAUGAACCCGGCCCGAGAGAACUCGAACAAGAUCUUAAGGGUUAUUACUGAGGUCACACGAGCUGUAGGGUCACAGGGAUUGCUAGAAGGCCAAUUUAGGGAGAUAGAAUGGAAGGAAUCAGGCAAUGGAGAUGAGAAGUUAUGGGAAUACGCGUGCAAGAAGAAAGAAGGAGAGAUUCAUGCAUGUGGAGCUGCUUGUGGAGCCAUUUUAGGAGAUGGAAGUGAUGAAGAAGUAGAAAGCUUGAGGAAUUAUGGGGUUUAUGUUGGAAUAAUACAAGGAAUGAUAAAUGGAGUAGGAAAAAAUAAUUACAAGAAAAGAGUGGAAGAACUGAGAAUAUUCGCUAUGAAGGAAUUGCAGACACAUUUCAAAGGAAAGAAGGUGAGGCCAAUUGCUAGUCUUAUUGAAGAGAGUUUCGUGCCUCGAUCACAAUGUGAUCUUCUUUAGAUUUUAGUUGAACUAAUAAUUGUCAGUAGUACAUUUUACCUUUUCGUGCCUAGCUCGAUCUAUGUUUUUACCAUAAGUAUAUUUUACCUUAUUGUACUAUCAGUUCUUUUUUA